CCUCAGGCUGGGUGGAGCUGGGCACUGGGGUGUUGGUGGCAAUGCUGAGGGGUCCCCACUGCCCCGUCAUGGCAUCUGCUCUCACUGCCCUCCUCCUCGGCUGCUGGCUGGCCGGGCACAGCGGGGUGUGGGGAGAGCCCAGCUACCCCAAACCCAACAUCUCCCUGAGCCCCAGUGGGGGGGUCUCCCUGGGGAGAGCCGUGGACGUCCGGUGUCGGGGGGAACACCAGGGCGUGCGGUUCAUGCUGAAAAAAGAGGGACGCCAUUUCCGACCUGUGGAUUCGAACGGGUUUGAGGUUGUGUUUUGCAUCAGCAACGUGCGCCGGGAGGAGCUACAACUGCUCCUAUCACAGCAGAUCGGAGCCGUUCACCGUGUCGUACCCCAGCGACCCCGUGGAGCUGGUGGUGAGAGAUCCGAACUUACCCAGACCCUCCAUCUCUCUGAGCCCCAUUGUCAGGGGCAGCACCAGAACGUGACGUUCUUCCUGCACAAGGCCGGAGACCUGAACCCGCAGCAACAGAUGGACCCUGCUGGGGACAGGGCCGAGUUCCGCAUCCCCACCGUGGGCCGGCAGCACGGAGGGAGCUACAGCUGCAGCUACCGGCCCCAAUCAGAGCCCUUCGUCUCCUCAGAGCCCAGCGACCCCGUGCAGCUGGUGGUAGCAGGAGGCUGGAUCCUGCUGUGCAGGGAAGAGAAUCUCCCAAGGGAUGAGCCGCUUUCCCAUGAGGUGCUGAGACCCCGGCACAAACCUCCCUGCCCCCAAACACCCCUGCCUCAGAGAAUCCUGCCCCCCCACAGCUCCUCACCUGACAACAGCUCCCCAGGAUUGAACCUGUGAUGCCGUGUGUGAUGUUGCACUCCAUAUGUUUAUGGAAAUAUGGUUGUGUAAAUAUAAUGUAACUGGAAUAUGCUUUAUGCAAAAGGUCUCUUGUAAGGUAUCAUUACAAAGCUUAUGAUCUACUGAGUGUGGUCAUCCCAUUUGUUUGCAUGUAUCUAUUUGUAUGAAUGUAUCAUUCUUGUAUAUAAAACUAGAAAUAUGAAGUUAACUCUGAGGUUCUCUUGUAAUUAUGUAAAGUGUGGACCAUUAAUGGUGGCUUAGAAUCUUGAUGGCUCCCAUUGACUAGGACAAUUGGCUGUAGAUGGUUUAUUUACCUGCAAGCUUUCUUGUGGACCUGGGGGCCAGCCUGUGGUUAAUGAAGAAUGAGGUCUUAUAGGGACAUGUGACCAUGUCACAGGAUACUGGAAUCCAUCUUAAACCUAGUGCUUUUCCAUUUAGAGGGAGGGGUGGGAACCCAGAGAGACAAAGGAUUCCCGCCUUGUGCCAAAGAUAUAAAAGGGGUAGAACCGAACAAAGGCGACCAGUCAUGAGGAAUCCCCUAGUUACCACCUGAGCUGGAACUAACAAGGACAGUACCAGGGAAAGGAUUGGGCCCAGAUUAGGAAGGAGUCUAGUCUGUGAAAGAAGCUUUUUGGAACAUCUCUGAGAGUGAGAGUUACCUGUAUUCAGUUUCUUAAAUGUAUUAGGCUUAGACUUGUGUGUUUUGUUUUAUUAUUAC